UUUUGGCGUUUUUACUGAAUUACGAUGCGUUGCCUCGUCUCUGAUUUUGGUUCUAUUUCUUGAUCAAGAUAAAGUGUACCGGUACCUGUAAGAAAUUGUUAACUAUGGGAAAAUGGAAGGACUCAAAUGCUGCUGGAAAUGAUGAUCUUAGCAGUUCCCAGCCUCACAAGAAGCACAAGAAACAUAAACACAAGAAGCAUAAGAAGCAUCGCGAGUCUGGAAGUGGAGGUCAAAGUUCAGAUACAGGGCAAAGUGAACUUGUAGAAGCCACCGAUUCAUUGACUGGCAAACCUCAGCUAAAACUCAAGAUCAAAAUUGGUGGCCAGACAUUGAGGACGAAGAGUUUUGAUAAGAUAAGCGUGACUGCAUCAUCAGAUGAACCGAGUGAGGAUGAAGAUAGAUUGCAUGGUGAUAGCAGUAAUGACACAUGGAGGGGAGCUACCCCAAGUCCCGUAUCUCAAGGUAGCAGUAAAUCAAUAUCUAAGCUUUCUAAAGAAGAAGCAGAAGAAGAGGCUUGGUUAGAUGCCCUAGAGGCUGGCAAGUUAGACGAGUAUGGAGAGAUACCAAAACCCAAAGAUGAAUCUCUCCUUACAGCUAGACAGAAAUCCCUCUUGAAGAGAAUGGCAGCAGAGGAAGAUGAUUUAAUACCAUCGCCCUUCUUCGGUGCUCAGGGCAAGAUUCCAGAGAUGACCGAGGAAAUGAUCGAGAAGAAAGCUCAAAAAGCUCAGAGGAGGAGAGUACAAGAAAGACGUAAACAGGAAGAGAGCAAGAAACAAACAAUAGAGAAACUGCUCAAGAAACAGGAUGCUAAAUUAAAGGCUGCUAAGGCUAAACUGAAGCGAAACCUGGAAGUUCCUCACAUACGAUACUGUGACAAUAGCACAUGUAUAUCUCUCUCUUACCCAGCUGGCUAUGAAUUUCCUCUACCAACAACACAACCUCUGACAAUAAAACCAAUCACAAAAUGUGGAGUCAGUGGAUGUCUCAAUGCCAAAAAGUAUUCUUGCUCGAAGACUGGUGUUCCUCUCUGCAGCCUAGAAUGCUACAGGAAGAAUCAAACAUUACUAUGUGCAACGUGAUAGUCUCCGGUCUGUAAGUGUCUUUGAAAAUGGACUUGUGGAUAUUUUAUUGAUAUGAGGAAAGGCGUCUUUCUCUUCAGUCUGACACAAAAAGAUGGAAGUCUACUAUGCUGCCCCCAUUUGAGAAAAGUGUAUAUUAUAGUGGCACCUCAAGAUUGCCGUUGGCAUCUUUACAUAUCAAGAGGUGACAUUCUAUACAGUAAACCACUGUGGACUUGAAAAUCAAGUGACAGAUGAAACAUACAUUUAUUAUAAAGAUUCUUGUGAAAAGAUGGUGUUUCAUGUGAUAGGCAGGAUUGUGGAUCAUUAAAGUGAGAAAUUAAAACAAUGUACCAUCAUGUCAGGAAGGAUUCUUAUGAAAAAGAGUCCAUUUAUGCAGCCAUCAUCUUCAUAUUAGCUGACAAUAUGUUCAGUGGUCAACUUCUACACCUAGUGUACCACGAGGAAGCACCUUAGGAACAUGAAGUAUUGAUAUGCACACAGAUAAAGUAGAAACUUAUUACAAAGGUAUAAAAUACUGCACUCUCACUAAACUUUUAGAAUUGAUACCGUCAUUAUUUUCUAUCAGCCUUUUGUAAAGGCAAAAAUUUGAAAAGUAAAGGUUGUGCAUUGCUGAAAACCAGUCACAAAGUACAAAUAUGAAUAUGAAUUAUUAAAAUGUUCUGAAGAAAA